AACCGGACCAGCGGCCGGGCCAAUAUACAGUCUAUAGGCCGAGUCCACCAAGCAUUAGCAGGCCGCUGAAGCAGGCCUUAGCUCUGCUGCCUUCACCGAAACAGCUGCAAGUAACCACUGCCAGUGCACUAGUAGCCUUGAGUCGACUACACAUUACCGAAGCGCUGAAGAGUAAAGACUAAGCCGGAGAGUGCAAUGUCCUCGGUUUGUCGCCGUCUUCAAAACAUAUUUAGUACUCACACUACUGCCACGAGUUCCGUCCUGAGCACCCGUGAACUCAAACUUCAGAAAAUGGCAGACAAGUUCAAGAAAUCUUCCGAGUCCCCUAAGUUUCGUUUCUGCCAUGAAAGAUACUCAAAUAUUGUUCGUCGUCUGGCCGCUGCGCACAAGUUUUCCUUGGUAGAAGAUGUCCUCGAGUAUCAAAAGAAGUUUGAAGAUAUUAGAAAUGAACAAUUCACUAUCCGCCUCAUUACUCUUUAUGGUAAGGCUGGCAUGUUUGAUCACGCUCACGAGUUGUUCGAUCAAAUGCCUGACUUGAACUGCGUUCGCACUGUCCGCUCCUUUAAUGCCCUAUUAUCAGCGUGUAUUGGCGCAGGCAAGUUUGACAAGGUUCAAUCGAUUCUACAGGAUUUGCCGCCUAAGUUAGGCGUAACCCUUGAUGUUGUUUCGUUUAAUACUGUCAUAAAAGCUUACUGUAAGAUGGGUAAUUUGGAUUCUGCUGUUCUUGUGCUUGAUGAGAUGCAAAGUAAGGGUGUGGAGCCGGAUUUAAUUACAUUUAACACGCUUUUAAAUGUGUUUUAUGGGAAUGGGAAGUUUGCUGAUGGAGAGAGGAUAUGGGGUUUGAUGGAAAGCAAGAAUGUUGUCCCCAAUACACGGAGUUACAAUUCGAGGUUACGAGGAUUGGUGUUAAACAGCAGAGUAAAGGAAGCAGUUAAAUUGUUAGGCGAAAUGGAGGGCAAGGGAUGUAAACCAGAUGUUAUGAGUUAUAAUGCUGUGAUUAAAGGAUUCUGCGAUGAUGGGAACGCAGAGGAAGUGAAAAGGUGGUACAAGGAAUUGAGAGACAAGAACUGUUUGCCUGAUAGGGUGACGUAUGUUACAAUUGUUCCAUUUCUUUGCCAGAAGGGUGAUUUUGAAAUGGCUCUUGAGUUGUGUACUGAGGUUAUCAAUACGGGUUUAAUUGUUGGAGCGGGCCUGUUUAAGCCUGUAAUAGAUGGGUUGGUUAAGCAGUCAAAGAUUGAAGAAGCAAAGAACCUUGUUGAACUGGGGAAGUCAAACAAGCAUUGCCAUUAUAAACUGCGUUUGCCUUUAGAUAAGUAGUUCAAUCUGCUUGUUCCGCGUUGUUUAUGGAUUUAUAAUUAGAAGCCUCCACUGCUGAUUCUGUGAUACAUUGCUGAGUUUAUAGAACAUUUGAGCUUAUGAAAAUAAGACCGAUGUUUAUUUCAAGAAAAUAACAUGAUAUUGUCUUUGUUCAA